CACUCUUUCACAGGGUUUCAUUUUCAUUAUCUCUUCAUCGCGCCUCUUCCUCCUACGGGCAUUUAACUCAGAGAAGCCCAUAAAGGAUUCCUAAACACUUAGGCCAUGGGCUGGCCCUUUCUUCGCAGGCGGAGGCCUAGUGAACGUAGGAGACGACAUAAAUAGCGAUGGCGAACCUUCACAGGCGAAAAACACCCACCCAUUCUCCACUGACUGCCAUCUGAUCCACCGCCCAUCGUCGCGUGUCAUCUCCUCCAGCAGAGAAGCCACUGGCCUUUAUCACACCGUGAACCAGCGAUCUACUGCCGAAGUUCUUCUCCACGAGCAUCGCCCAGGUUCAAUCCGACUGAGCAUGAUUCCUGUUUCUUCACGUGAUCGAUUUGAUUCGGGCUCACUAGAGAACCUCCUCCCUCCCCCCGUGCUUUGUUCCGACGACAACCGAGGACUGCAUUUGUGUCACUGUUGCUGCGAGAUUCCAUCGAAACAGGGGCAAGCACGCCAGAGAUUCGCAUCUUAUUUCCGGCGGAGGGUUGUCUUUCUUAAACACCUCCCGGAAAAAAUGAAGACCCAUAACCACAGAGCCAAAUAAGCCAUUGGACGUUCCUUAGGUUUUGCUGUCUCUUCGCUCUCUUCCCGAUGCGCGGAACCGAACAUUUGUCGUGCUCGUUGUAGUUGUCUUUCUCGUGAGCACCGCGAUAAUCUGGACGAGUCCACCGGAAUGCCAGUUUGCCGGGGUCUACUUUUGCUCCUGGCGGCAGUUGCAAUGGCACCGCCGCCGACGCUGGCGGGAUAUUCAGCUGCACCGGCGAGGAUUCUGUCUCUGGAGAGGACUUAUCCUCUUGACGAGCGAGUCGAGCUGAGUGAACUCAGGGCUCGUGACCGAGUCAGACACGCUCGAAUCCUGCUCGGCGGCGGCGGCGGCGAAGGCCGGAGCUCCGUCGGCGGUGUUGUGGACUUUCCCGUUCAGGGUUCCUCCGAUGAUCUUGUCGGCUCGAAGAUGACUGUGCUUUACUUCACUAAGGUGAAACUGGGUUCUCCUCCUAAAGAAUUCAAUGUUCAGAUUGAUACUGGAAGUGACAUCUUGUGGGUUACUUGUAGUUCUUGCAGUAAUUGCCCUCGUUCCAGUGGACUUGGAAUUGAGCUCAAUUUCUUUGAUGCUCCCAGUUCCUUGACUGCUGGGUCAGUUACUUGUUCGGAUCCAGUUUGUGCUUCAGCUUUUCAGACAACGUCUGCUCAAUGCUCUGACAGUAACCAGUGCAGUUACACAUUUCAUUAUGGCGAUGGAAGUGGGACUUCGGGUUAUUACUUAACUGACACAUUCCAUUUCGAUGCAAUUUUGGGAGAGUCAUUGGUUGCUAAUUCAUCAGCUCUCAUUGUUUUCGGUUGUAGCAACUACCAAUCGGGGGACUUGACAAAGUCAGAGAAAGCAGUGGAUGGGAUAUUUGGAUUUGGAAAAGGAGAAUUAUCCGUUGUUUCUCAGUUAUCGUCACGCGGGAUUACUCCACCAGUUUUCUCUCAUUGCUUGAAAGGAGAUGGUAGUGGAGGUGGCGUAUUUGUCCUUGGGGAGAUAUUGGCUCCGGGAAUGGUUUACAGCCCUCUCGUCCCAUCACAGCCUCAUUAUAACUUAAACCUGCUGAGCAUUGCCAUUAAUGGACAGUUGCUUCCCGUUGGAACAGAAGCAUUUGGAAUAUCAGAUAACCGUGGAACUAUUGUUGAUACGGGAACCACAUUAACGUAUCUGGUGGAGGAAGCUUAUGACCCUUUUCUCAGUUCUAUAAUAAACAGUGUGUCGCAGUUCGUAACACCGAUCAUUUCUAAUGGAGAUCAGUGCUUUUUAGUCUCUACUAGCGUGAGUGACAUAUUUCCUCCGGUUAGUCUCAAUUUCGUCGGUGGUGCUUCGAUGGUGUUAAGACCUCAAGACUACUUAGUACACCUUGGUUUCUAUCAGGAUGGUGCAUCGAUGUGGUGUGUUGGUUUCCAGAAAGCUCGGGACGGACAAACCAUCUUAGGAGACCUUGUCCUGAAAGAUAAAGUCUUUGUGUAUGAUCUUGCUCGACAAAGAAUCGGAUGGGCAAACUAUGAUUGUUCGUUGUCUGUGAAUGUUUCUGUAACUUCAGGAAAGGAAACUGUGAAUUCAGGGCAGCCAAGUCUGAGCAUCUCAACAAGAGACAUCGUCUCGAAGCUGAUCACGAGCAUCCUCGUAUCUCUACUUCUUCGGCCGCUCUUCUCUGUAUUGUAAUCUGUAAUCCACACUCUUUUUUUUUUCUUCGGGUUUUCCUCACCGUGUUCAGUUUGUCUGCUUGGCUGAUCUUAAUUGCAUUCUAGGCCAUCUGCUUAAGUCCCUUAUUCUUUUGCCACAUUUCUUCUUCCUCUUGAUCCUCAUCCCGUUCUUGAUCUUGAUCUUGAUCUUGUUCUUGUUCUUGUUCUUGAAGAGCAGAUGCUUAACUGUAGAUAGUUUUGGUUAGAGAAUGAGUUGCUUGUUGUACAUUUAGGAUUCGUUGGUAUUUGAUGUAUAACAAGAACCAUAGUAAAACAUCA